UGCCAAACUUUGCCAACCACCGCACCGCACGCAAAUGAUUUGGCGUUUGCCUUGCCUUGAUGAAGUUCUUGUGAAACGUUUACCUACGAAUUUACUAAAAUGUUUCUCGAAACGUUGAAGUUAGAGCAAUUUCUGCUUUUAUCGUUAUUGUGCAGUCCUAUUCUAGCAGAAUGGAACACCCGGGACUAUGUCAGAAGGGAGCAUUCUCUCACAAAACCGUAUCAAGGUAGUGGAAUGUCGGUGCCUUACUGGGACUUUUUAGGUAGCACAAUAGUUACUACGAAUUACGUCCGUUUGACGCCGGACUUACAAUCGAAAUCCGGAGCACUGUGGAAUACUGUGCCAUGCAACACACGCAAUUGGGAAGUACAGAUACAAUUCAAAGUGCACGGCAGAGGGAAGGAUCUAUUCGGUGACGGGUUUGCGAUAUGGUAUGUCAGAGAUCGGAUGCAAACUGGACCUGUCUUUGGUAGCAGGGACUACUUCUCCGGACUGGCCAUCAUAUUGGACACAUAUAGCAACCAUAAUGGUGCUCAUAAUCAUCAACACCCGUACAUCUCAGCGAUGAUCAACAAUGGCUCCCUGCAUUACGACCACGACAGAGACGGCACACACACUCAGCUGUCAGGAUGUGAGGCCAAGUUCAGAAACUAUAACCACGACACACACAUCUCCAUCAUCUACAAGCAUGACACGCUUAUUGUGUCAACGGACCUGGAAGGCAAGAACGCGUGGAAGGAGUGCUUUAAAGUGGAAAACGUCCAGCUCCCCACUGGGUACUACUUCGGGGCGUCGGCCACCACCGGGGACCUCAGCGACAACCACGACAUCAUCUCUAUCAAGAUGUACGAGCUAGAUUUACUCGAAAAUCAGGUAAAAGAAGAGGACAGAUCGAACAUAAUACCAUCAGCUAUCUCUUUCGAGGCCCCUAGAGAGCGAAUCGAAGACUCAAAACCGGCUAUGUCUGGUUUUAAAACCUUCCUAUACAUGAUGCUUAUAGCUAUAGUCAUCAUAGUAUUGGUCGUGCUUGGCAUUAUGUGGUACCAGAAACGACAGGAACAUUCAAGGAAGAGGCUGUAUUGAGUGCUUUUUUAGGAUGGUAUGAGAAUUGUAUUUCCUAUUGUAAAUUAGUUUUGCAAGGGCAAUUGUGAUAGUUCUCGUUAACACUGGCGGACAUAGUACUGACGUUUGACAAAAUUUUGUUUAAAAACUAACCUUUGAAUGGACGACACUUAACGGCCCGCACUAAUCAUCAAGCUUGUAUCGCGGGUCCGAUGACACAAAUACAGUAACGGGCAUAACCUUAGACAGAGGGUGUUGACUGUCCGCUGUAGUGUUAACAUGAAUUAUAUAACCUCAGUUUUGUAUAAUAGUGAUUUAAAGUUAGUAAACGAGAAUGUGGUUUUGUAUAUUUGAAAUAUGGUUUUGUUUUGGUCCAAAAUAUUGUAUUGGUAGAUUUUUAGCAUUAAUUUCAUGUAAUUUCAUUUCACCUAGUGACAACAAACAAAGUCCAAUGAUUUUAUGAAAAUAAAUUCUUAAUUAAUGAGAAAACAGGCAAAGAACAUCUUUUGUUUAAAUUCGAAAUUUUCAUUUUGCCAUCAACUACGAGAGAAAACUGUAUGCAUAUGUCUGAUAAUUAAAAAGAAACUGAUUCCCCUGGAAUAAUUACUUUGUAUUAUAGCUGCAACAUCUAGUUUUAGCAAUACAUUGUCUUCACCUAUACUUAUUGAUAAUUUUGACUGAAAGUAUUUAUUUUAUUUUUAUUUAUGAAUAUGUGAUGAUAUUGUAUUGUAUUGAAUAGGUGUAUGAUCUUGUAGAAAGUUGCAUAGAUUCUUAUUAUGUUUUAUUUAACAUUAAGACUUAAGAUCGGGACAGACCGAACACAUAUGCGUAACGCUAUGUCCACACAUGUGUGUGGACAUAGCGAUACGCAUAUGUGUAUUGUAUACGUAUUCUGUUUGCACUGACCUUUAUUGUCGCUUAUUUUUCUAAUCAUCGAGGUUUUAUGUUCAUAGCACACUUCUACCGCACCGCUCCCACACGGCAACAUGACGCUCAUUGAAAAGUGAGCUCUAAAGCGUCCCCUGUAGACAUACUUUUCAUUGACAACAAAUAUGCGGUCUGCUUGCUGUCAGCUUGUUGUCACUGUAAAGUAUGUCUAUAUAGGACGCCAUAAAGCUCACUUCAACGAACGCCAUUUUGCGGCGCGGUGGAAGCGCGCCAGAACCUGAUUUUUGUAGCCAUCACUUUAUUUAAUAGUUUCAUUUAUUAAAUAAACGGAAGAUCAUAUGUAUGGAUAGUUGAACAUAUUAAGUAGGUUUUAUAGUAUGAAUAAUAUAUGUACAGCAUAAUCUGGUCACUAAUUGUAGCUUAGACCCUUUCCAAUGAUUGCUUUUUCUGUAAACUUCUAUCUGUACAGUCAACAACACGUCAAGCUAUUCAAAUUCAUUGCAAAUUUGCCCAUUAUUUGAUCUUGUAUACAUGCGUGAGAUGCAGUUAAUUGUACUAGUAAUAUAACAAAGAUUGAUUCUGACUCCUGCACUGUUUUCGGUUUCACACACUUGGUUUUCGGUUUUCGGAUUAUUUUAGUGCCUCCACCUCCCCCUCUCCGCACCACUCAGCCCUUUCGUGAUCGCCUUUCAUGGAGGAGUUCAAAAUAAAUUCGACUGUAAGAACCAAGUAAUAAGGCGGUAGGUUAUCGUCCUCUGAUUGAUCCAGGUGACAAGCGAGAGCUUCUCCAGAUGACGGUCGAAUCACGCCAUAUGUUUGAUAACUACUAUUUGUUUAGCCAACAUGCCACAUUAUUAUUAUAAAAGCAAAUCACUAGAAAGGGCGCAUAAUCUUUAUGGAAUAACAUAUAAUAUAUUAUCUCAUUAUAAA